AUGGCCAAGUUCAUCGCCCUUGCCGCCGUCGGUGCCUCCGCGGCCGCCCAACACGAAAUCGUCAACGGUACCGAAGUGCCAGUCGGCAAGUACACGUACGUGACGGGCCUUCGUAAGACGGACAUCAGUUCGUCCAGCUGCGGCGCGUCGCUGAUCGCCCCCAAGGUGGUGCUCACCGCUGCCCACUGCGCCGGCUCGUGGGCCACGUACGCGUCCAUCGGGUCGCAUUACUUGUCUGGCAACAAGGACGGCGAGCGCAUCAAGAUCGUCAAGCAGACCACGCACCCCAAGUUCAACGCAGACACGAUGGACUAUGACUUUGCCAUCUUUGAGUUGGAAACCGCGUCGGCCAUCGCCCCCGUCAAGCUCAACUGGGUCGAAGACGCCGCGUCCGCCCCAGGCAUUGUGUCGUGGGUGCGUGGCUUCGGCACCACCAAAUCCGGUGGGUCGCAAUCCCCCGUGCUCCUUGAGGCAGACGUCAAGAUCUGGUCCAACGCUGACUGCCAAAAGGCGCUCGGGUCGUACGGCGACAUCCUCCCGUCGCAGUUGUGCGCUGGCGGGGCAGAUAAGGACACGUGCCAAGGUGACUCUGGCGGACCGUUGACCAUCACUCGCAACGGCGUCGAAUAUGUGGCCGGUCUGACCAGCUGGGGCAUUGGCUGCGCCGACCCCGGCCUCCCUGGUGUGUACUCGCGCGUGUCGUUGGCCCGCAAGUUCAUUGAAUCGUUCUUGCCCACGGACCCCGUGACCCCCACCAUCACCAAGCCUGGCUGCUAA